CUCGUUAAAACGUGAAAAUGUUUUCCUAAACGAUUUUAUCCGUAAACGUGGGUUAUAUACUCAUAUAGGAUAUAUACAUACAUAUAUUUUUAUAUAUGCAAAAAGUAUGAGUGUUUUCAUUUAAGUGUUUGUGCGUGUGUAUGUUUGUAAAGCGAAACAAAAAUAUUUAAAUAUUAUUACUAUUUACUACAACAACUUUUAAAUUUAAAUACGCACUGGGAUACUCUAGUAAAAUUACGUGAUUAAAACAAAACUAAUAUAAAGUUAUUGAAAAUAGUGUGUUGUUGUGGUUGUUGUUAUUGAAAGGACAUGUACCGGAAGUGGUUAUAGUUACUAUUAACAAAUACUUAAACUAAAAUAAAUAACAAAACUACAAAAAUGAAAAUCCUGCAAAAUAUUAUUGUUCGAAUUAGUUUUUUAACAUAAAGAAAACUUUGUCGUUACAAAAAACAACUAAUAACAAAUUUCGUAAAAAGUUUAAAAGUAUAAAAUAAAACAUUAUCCUAGUGAUAGGUUCUCUUUAACUAAAUAUCAAUACAACGAAAUAAAUCAUGUGGUCACCUGAAUCGGAAAUCAAUUCUAUUGCAAUGGCGACAACAAUGCGUCAUUCACAAUCAUCAUCAUCGGGCAUAUCAUCUCUCUCAAGUUGUGGCGAUCCGGAACGCCUACCAGAACUGCCGCCCGGCGAUGAGCAACGCCUACAAAGAGCCGCAUUACACUUACAACAGAAACUUAUCUUACGCGAAUGGCUUAAAGAUCAUCGUCUUCAACAUCACUAUCAACGAUUACUCAACGUUGAGGUAGCUUCCCUCGAAGAUGUCUAUUGGUUGGAAGAUUCUAGAGCUAGUAAAAUAUUAGGCAAAGAUUGGCAAGUUUGGUCACAGGCCAGACAAAAUUUACCAACCUCCAAGGCUCAGCUAGAUGCCCUAAAAGCACAACUAUGGUCUACCGUAGUGAAAUCAUCACAACAUCAAGAUGCCUGGACUUGGGGAGGCAUGUUGGUGGUAUCGGUUUCUGUGGCGGGCUUAGUGACUCUUGCCGCCAUGACCCAACCUUCUUUGGCACCCGAAGCACGUCAUUCAUUGCUGCAAUAUGUAACGGGUAAAUAUCUACUGCCGGCUAACUGUAAGGUACAAUGGGACUGGAAAGACCCCGCCGUUGUGGGUGGCACCAUGUGCUUUGUGGUGCGUUUCUAUCAACGUAAUGGCCAGCCUUAUCCCAUCUGUGAUACAGAUCAGUUUUUCGUCGAAGUUACCGAGGGAACACGCAAAAUGGUUACCAUUAGUGAAUUGGGCUCACCAACAGAUCCGAAUAAUGCAAAUAUAGCUAAAGUCAAAUUUACCGUACGCACAGCGGGUCAAUAUAAAAUAUCGGUAAUGAUUGGCUCCAGCCAUAUUGCAGGUUCACCGUUUAUAAAAAAUUUCAUACCGGGCAGUAUAGAUGCGCGGCGUUCGAGAUUUAUAAGACCCGCCAGUACGGUGAUAUGUUGUGCCGGUUCGCCCACAUUAUUGCAUAUCGAGCCAAGAGAUGAAUUUGGCAAUGCCUGUCAGUUUGAGGAGAAUGAAGAUCCGGGAAAGGGUUAUCAUGUAGAAAUCUAUGAUUUGCAUGGCCAGCCCUUGGAAAAGUUACGUAAUGCCAUUGCCUUUUCCUAUGACCGGGUAAAUGCUCGCGUAGCCGUCACUGCUUUAUUUCCCGAACCCAUUUGUCUGCGUGCUGUUAUAAGUUACUUGGAACAUAAGCUACCCAAUGGUGACUUUGAUAUUAUAGUAUUAAGCAGUAGUGACACCACAUUGGUGCAUAAAAAUAUCGCUUCACGUAAACACAACAUUUGCUAUGAGGCAAAACUCUUAAGUAUAUUCGGUGUGGCCAAGUCCAAGCCUCGCAAAGUGCUCUGCUAUGUGGGACCGAAACAAAACUCUUUAAUAUUUCAGGUUACAAUCAAAGAAAUGAUCUUAAAAUUUAUACCCAAACGUGUGGCAACAUUUCGUCUUUGCCCCUCGACCAAAUUCCAUUUUCUACCCCAACUACCCACACACGUUCAUGGUCCUAUUUUCAUUAUAGACGAUGGUGCUCAACCGAAAAUAGAAUUAGCCUCACGUGAUCGUAAUAUUAUAGCGGCCACAUUUACUCACUUUUUGCUGAAAAAUAUUGGAGGUUCGGAAACCUUUAAAGAUAAACAGGAUUUCUUUUAUCAUGAAGUAAGGAAAUUUCAUGCGAAUUAUUAUCACGAGAAGUUGGCUUUAAAAGUGCAAAGAGAGAAAAUUUUGGAGAGCAGCAUGAAGGCCACGAAAAACUUCUCUGUGUCCGAUUGGUGUGGCAAUUUUGAGGUGACGUUUCAGGGGGAACAAGGCAUUGAUUGGGGCGGCUUGCGCCGUGAAUGGUUUGAACUCAUAUGUAGUGCUUUAUUCGAUCCUCGUGGUGGUUUAUUUUGUAGUUUCCAUGAUAAACAUCAGGCUUUAGUGCAUCCCAAUCCACAUAGACCGCCUCAUCUAAAACUAAAGCAUUUUGAAUUUGCUGGCAAAAUAGUGGGCAAAUGUUUAUAUGAAAGUGCCUUAGGUGGUACCUAUCGCCAGUUGGUGAGAGCCCGUUUUACCAGAUCCUUUCUGGCACAACUUAUAGGUUUAAGAGUACAUUAUAAGUAUUUCGAACAAGAUGAUCCCGAUUUAUAUCUAUCGAAAAUCAAAUAUAUAUUGGAUACCGAUUUAGAUACUACCGACUCCUUGGAAUUAUAUUUUGUGGAGGAAAUUUACGAUGCCAGUGGACAAUUGACCAAAACUUUAGAACUUAUACCCAACGGCUCGAAGGUGAGAGUCACAAAUGCCACUAAAAAUCAAUAUUUAGAUGCUUUGGCCCAACAAAGACUAUGCAAUAGUGUUAAGGAUGAGGUGGAUAGUUUUCUAAAGGGUUUGAAUGGUAUUAUACCUGAUAAUCUAUUAAGUAUAUUUGAUGAAAAUGAAUUAGAGCUUCUAUGUUGCGGUACCGGUGAAUAUUCCAUAGCCGACUUUAAGGCUCAUCACAUAGCCAAUGGCAACUCUUCGGAAUUCCGUCGAGUUUUAGUGUUUUGGGCUGGUGUUAGUAAUUUCAGUCAAACUGAAAUGGCAAGACUUUUACAAUUUACCACAGGUUGUUCACAACUGCCACCCGGAGGAUUUCAAGAACUAAAUCCACAAUUUCAAAUAACAGCUGCACCAACAUUUGAUCUGCCCACAGCACAUACCUGUUUCAAUCAACUCUGUUUGCCCGACUAUGGCUACGAACAGUUUGAGAAAGCUCUGCUGCUGGCUAUUAGUGAAGGCACCGAAGGAUUUGGCAUGGUCUAAGAUCGUAUAUACAUACAUAUACCAAUAGUUAAUAAGGAUUUGUGAUCUCGUAUUGGAGUUCUAAAUAAGUGUGUGUUCCUUAAGUUUAAUUUGUAGUUACUAGCGUACAAAAAUGCUUUAAAUUAGUAGUUUAAGCUAAACACAAAAACAAUACAAAACAAUUUUUAAGAUUUUUGGUAUUAGAAAAAAUCUUAAAUGCUUUUUUGCUGUAAGAAAUUUUAAGGCUCUAAAACUUAAAAAAUAUAGGUUUAAAAAUAUGAAACAAAACAAACAGGAAAAUCGAAAAAAAACUAAAACUGAUAUUUAUAUAAUAAUCCUGUAAUAACAAUUUUAAAAGCAAUACGUAAUUAGAAAAAAACACCUUAAGUUUUGGACUAGAAAUAUUUUCACCAAAAACAUUACAAGUCCUAACAACUUUUUAAAAAAAAUGUAUUUAAAAAACCCGAAAUUUUUAAAGUAGUAAAUUGUAAACAUCAUAACUAGAUCCACUUACACCUAGAGAAAACCAAAAAAAUCGUAUCAACAGCAAAUAUUGUGAUAAAUUGUAAAAAUACACGCAAUAUUUAAUUUCUUUUAAAUAAUUUAUUUAAAACUCCUUUUUUCCUCUCCAAACACAUAACUAAGCUUAAAUUUAAUAUUUAAUAAAAAUCAUAGAUUUUGUUUUGAAAUUUAUAAAUCAGCAAAAUAUUAUGUUGAAUUCCAAAAAAAAUAAAAACAAAAACAUAAUUUAUUAAUAAAAAAAAAUAGUUGAAAUUUUAGGAAUUUGAAAAUGAAAUGUUAUUUAUCAUAAAGUUUAAAAUAGACAAAAAAAAAGAAAGAAUUCAAUAAAGCUUACUUACACUAUCGGAGUUAUCAUGUGAGUAGUUUUACAGAAAAAGUGAAAAAUUCACUUGGAAGAAAAAUAAAAACAAAUUCUAUUUAUAAUAUACAUACAUCGUUUCAGAUGAAAACUCAGUUAGUGUAAACGUGGGAAUAAAUACCGUUGUUGAGUGAAAAAAAAUUAUAUUUAAAAAAUCGUAAUAAAUAAA